AUGAAUUCUUUGGCUAUACGGGCAUUAAAAUCACUGGCAUCAAGGCCAAGUGCCUUGAAAUUUCAAUAUCCACUUCCCUUCAAUGGAAUUGACAUUGCUAGGCAUUUUAACACUAUCAAAUAUCCACCUCCACCAUCAUACUUCGAACACAAAGCCAACAAAGGAAAAAGGCCAAGAAGAAAAUUCAGGAAGUACAUGCUCUUUUUUGUGGUGGGAGCCGUGAUUUCAUACAACUACUCUAUUCACGAAUUGGUUGAAAUGCUGUUGGAUACUCUUCCGGAUAAUAAACUUGAAGCAAAAGCAUACGAAGAGAAACUAGAAAGCGGAUUGCAGGAUCUUAAAGUGGUUAAAAAGCUUUCCAAAGAUGAACGAUUCGUUCAAACUAGAUCCUGGGAAUCGUUCAAUACGAUUUCAAAGCUUCCAAUUGAGGAGUAUCACAGCAAGAAGAAUCCAAUAAUUCACGAAUCGUUAACUGAGCCAGGCGGAAUUGCAAUCGCACCAUUGGUGUUCAAUGAUGCGGGAAACAGGGAAUCACACGUGAUCAUCCACUUGGGAAAACGUUUGGCCGGCUACCCAUUAAUAGUCCAUGGUGGAGUGCUUGGACUUAUGGUGGAUGAGGUGUUUAAGAAGAGUUGUGCUGCAGAGUUUGGAGUUUUGGACGUUAACAAACUUCACACAGAGAAAUCAGUCCUCAAUUAUCGUUCGCCAACAUUUGUGAACACGUUUGCGUUAUUUGAAACCAAAUGUGAGGCACUUGGAGAUGAUAAAUACAAGGUGACUGGAACCGUGACUAAUGCUAAAACUCAUCGGAAGCUGAUUGAUGCAGAAGUUAUCAUAAAAAAGGGAAAACUACCGGAUUGCACGGAGGAGACUACACAGCAAAAACUGGCGCAAGAUUCUAAAGGUCGUUCCUCGGGCAGAAAGAGGAGUUGGCUACUUUGGGCAUGA